CAUCAGGCCCACAGUAUUGCGUCAUUGCUAGAUCAGUUCUGGCCCAAAAAAAAGAUCUGUAAAUUUCGACCCUGACUUGCUACACGUGGCCAUGGCUGAUGAACGUGAGCGCAGUCCAAGACCCCCGGCUUUGCGGCAUGCGCCACCGCCCAGCACACCAGGAAGCAAUCAUGUAAGUCGCACAGUAUUGCGACGCUUUUGGUCUUGGUCAUCCGCUUCAGAGAUAGAAGCGCGAGGCUGGCAAAUCCCGCACUCAGAUUCGCUGCCGGAGAUUGACCCUGAGACUGGGGAAGAGAUGUACUGGGUGCUUGUUGAAGACUUGCGUGAAACAGUGUAUCGCCGGCGUGUUCGACCUCCUGCGCUAGUACGCCGCGGUGAGCUGCAAACGCAAGAGGAGUCGGUGCCUGGACCUGAAGAGGCUGGAACUGAGCACGUCGGCCUUGCGAGUGAGGCAAAUGAGAAUGUUCAGACGCUCACUGAAGUGGGCGAAUCUCAUACCCAAUAUCUUGUAGAUCCGUUUCGUGAUCUGGCACUUACAGGCUGACAAACAGUCUGAGUGGAACUUUUGAUGGGGCAUUGCAGCUUUUCUGAGCCCCAGUCAUUCUGGAAUGAUUGGCUGCGGACAGGUUUUGGCUGCAGGGUGAUUUGACUAGUGGAUCGGCAACAAAAGCAAAAGCUGAUAAAA